AUGGACGCGGACGCUCUAGACGCCGCGGUCGCGGCCGCGGACGUUAGGGUGGAGCAGCUCUUCGCGGAUCUGAGACGGCAGGCGGACGGGCGGAAUCCGGCGGUCCGACGCGCGUGGGACGCGGAGACCGCGGCGUCGAGUUGGCUGCGGCCGAAGCCGAGGCCGACUCAGGCGCCGCCGCCGGCGGAUCGCGACGACUGGUGGUACGAUCAUCUGUUCGGCGACGGGAACGGCGAGCCGAGCGACUCGGACGCGGACGCGCCGGAGCCGCGACAGCCCUCGGUCGCGACGCCGGCGCCGAGGGUGCGAGGCUCGGUGAAUCUCCUGACGCCGUCGCCCUGGCUGUUCAACAGCUUCGGCGGCGGCGACGUCGAGGUCGCGACGCGCUUCCAGCUGUCCGAAGGCGUCACCGCGGUCACGGAUCACGUCCUCGGGAGCUCGACGCCCUCGCGCGGGAACGAGAGACGCGCGGGGACGGUUCGACGGGAAGACGACGCGGGAAGGUCGACGCGAACGCCGCGCCGACUCGCCCGGGUGAACCAAUCGCUGCGACGCGCGAUCGACGACAUCGUCGGAGGCGAGAUCGAACGACGCGACAGCGGCUUCGACGCGAGCACGCCGCGCGAGGAGCGCGACGACGUCGACGAAAUGCUCGAACGAGAACGGAGGGUGACGGAAAACUUGAGAGACGGCGUCGCGGCGAUGCGCGCGACGGAGCGUCGACGAGCGAGCGCGGACGCGAACGCGCGCGUCGAGGCGCGAAGGGCGAAGGAGAAGAAACAGCGCGCGAGCGAAGCGGAUCGAAUUAUGCGCGCGGAGGCGAAGAAACCCGACCCGCCGGUGCCGCGCGCGCGCGUGGUGUUCCACCGCGCGUCGCAGACGGAGUUUUCACACCGCCGGCGCCCGGCGUCGACGCAGACUGUGUACAUCCACCCGUCGCUGAUCGAAUCGUUCGAGAAGAGGCCGCCGUGGGGCGGCGGCGCGGGCGGGAGCAGACGUUGGCAGGUCCGGAACCAGGUCGCGGCGGUCGCGCCGAGACCGACGUUGAAACCGACGGUCGCGCGCGUCUCGGUUGGCGUCGGGUCGGACGCGCCGCCGUCGAAGUCGCCGCGGCGGGUGAAGUUCUCCCCCGAGGUUUUCCACGAGGGAGGCGGCGCGUCGGAGCUCGCCGCGGAGAGCGACGCGGUGAUCGAACCGAUACGCGACGCCGCGCCGUUGUCCGGGUUCGAGGAGCGAUGCGCGGUCGCGAUCAGCACGUACCUCGUGUCCCUCGACGCUCGGCGACGCGCGUUCGUCCUAAACGACUGGGGCGCGAGCGACGGUCGGUUCGACGGCGCGGAGCUGUGCGUCCGCGUCGACGUCCAGCCGUCCGCGGACGGCGGCAUUCUCGUGCAAACGUCGAAGCACGCGCCGCCGGAGCGGUUCGUCCCGAUCGAUCCGCAGCCGUUGCGCGCGCUGCGUCUGUGCCUGAGCACGCCGCUGAGCAAACGACGCGGCGACGCGAACGUCGCGCCGACGUCGUUGGCGUGGAUCAGGAUCGAUCACGACGAACACGGAGCGAUGGACCUGCCGAAGCUGUGCGCGAGCAUGCUGUACCGGGAGCGCGCGAAGGAUGACGACGAGGGUAAAUCGCUUCCGCGCGGGUAUUUCGUGAACUUUUCGUUCAAAGAGCACGCGCGCGUGUUCCGCCACGCUGUGUACCUGGCUGAGCUUCGUUUGAAAGCGGCGAAGGACGCGGGGAAACCGAGCGGCGAGUGA